AUGACCGCCCAGGAAGCCGCUGAUCACCCACAUUGGGCUUUUGUGAUGGUGGUCCGCGACCCUCUCCGUUUCCUCUCCCCCCAGAGCUGGCACUGGGCUUGUGUUGGGCUCUGGCGGGGCUAUACCCUCCUUGUCUUUCAGCACACUGACUGGCACCCUGUCUCUGUGCAAAGGGCUUUUGCUCUUCCCCGGUUGCCUGGCUUCUUAUCGAGCAACCUGCCUCUUGGCUCUUCGGUGCCUGUCCUCCUCCAGGCGCUUCGGGGCACCGCCUUCGAUGUUAGCGUCAGCACACCUUGCUGGGACCCUCUCCCAUCUGACAUCUUUCCUGGGCUGAUCGAUGUCGAUGGUAUUGGGUCUCUCUCCUCCUCGCGGAGACUGGAGAGGCCUGCACCCAUCCUUCUCUGGUCGCCCUCUUGGUCUUGCCCUUGGGGGACACCGCCUCCCAUCUGCAACUGCAACUGGGUGCGGAUUGUUUUGGAGAUCAAGGCACUAUCCUAUGCCCAAAGCAAGUCGAUGACCAACUUCUCCGAGCACCUAAGUCUUCUUGAGGCAGUCGGCUACUUCCUGGUGCCGUUGUGUAGGGCCAUCCUCUUCCAGAUAGUGUUGGCCCUGUAUCUUUGCCUCUGGAAACAAAUUCCGGACCCUCUGGGCGCCAUUUUGGGCGUCCGCGUGGCAUGCCAUCAAUCGGCAAUCGGCUUCUCCUCUGGACAGCUUCCCAGGGCGGCGAUUCAGAUUCCCGUCCAGGUUCCGGUCACACCAGAGCUCUUCCUACAAACAGUUGUUGAUAAACUCAGCCCCAGGAAGAUCUUCUUUGCAGCUGACCUGGACUUUGUCGAACCACAGCCAGAGGAAGGUUAUGUCUCGCUCCUUCUUGUACCGCAGUGGCUCGAACACUCGGAACAUGCCGAAGUUGUUUUUGACUUUGCGGCUGUUGGGGGCCCGAUAUAUGCCGCCAUCGUUGAAAAGAAUCUCCCGCACGCUCAGGUCAUCGAACAUGCUAGUCGGCAUACAAUGUCCCCCUGGGAUGCCUUCCAGACUGGGCAUCCAGACCCGCUACGAUCGGAUAAGACCAUUCGGGUUUUGACCGGCGACACCAUUAAAUUUGUCCCAGUCUAUGGCAGACCUCACUGGUUCCCGCCUUCGGCAGAGUGUCUCGGGGAUCCUAGUUUCCUUUCAGCUGAGAUUCGGCAGAUCGUCAGCGAGGAAGUGUCAGACUCAUGGCUCAUUCUUGCGCCUGAUGUUGAGCGCGACAUCUUACACCCAGGACAGCCAGGUGAGGAGCUCGAGCUGCAUGCCGCAAGCGCUUUGCGUUGUCGUCGGGACCGGCUCAUGUUGUGUACCCCAGACAAAGCCACAUUUCACCCGUUUGUGCAUCAGGGAGCCCUUCUCUCUGGAGUUAUUGCAGCCCGGCAGAGAACACCGGCUGAGGCCUGCGGUGUCGCCCCCGGUGCUUUCAUCAUCCUCGACUGCCGCCCCGUUGGUAGAAAACCCACUUUCUAUUACACGGGGGAUUCACAUGUUGGGGAAGCCACUCUGCAUUACUUCCUCGACCUUCGCCCCCCUCGGGGCUACCGACCUGUUUUCAGCGGUCUUCCCAAAGCCGGCGAUGCUUUCUGUGUCCGCAAUGGCGGGGUUCUCCAUGUCGAUUUUGAGCCUUCUGCUCCCCCCCAACCCGAGGGGUCUGCUUUUGACUCAGCGGACAGCCACGCCGCUCUCAGCAUGCGUAACCCCUACCAGGCUCCGGGUGGACACCAAGGAGUCCCAUGGCAGCGAACGGUAGAUGAACAUCGGGAUGUGCACCCACCAGCCCGGUAUGAUGAUGAAGCACAUGUGCCGCCACCGGCCACUUUCACACGGGACAGGCCACAAGGAGCGCCGCCUCCAACUUUCCUGCACGGUCAUUUCCUUGUCUUUGCGCCUAGGUACAGGGCCGAGGUUCUCCCUCUAGUCUUGCGGGUGCCUUGCGAGCAAGAUGACGCGCUCAAUGAAGUCCAGGAGGCACGGAAUGAGGACCAGUCCCUUUACUUUGAUACCCUACUUCCGGUCGAACCGCAACCGGACAACCGCUUCGCGUGCAUCCUGUCCUUACCGGAAUGGGCUACGACUCUGUGCCAUGUCCUAGUCGACCUCCGACAGGUCGACGGCAGACUUUUCAGCAUAGUUGUGCCUGAUCGGCUCUCCAGAGCCUCCCUUCUGGCCCUCGUGUCGCUCGUUAUGAGCCCAGGCUGA